AUGGAAAUGUUUGAUUUUUAUGACUUAAAUGAUCAAAUAAGUGUGUUUUCUGAUACAGACAGCGGGUUUAAGGAAAGUUAUGAUAAUGAAGAAUAUGAAAAUAACCAAUAUGAGGAUGACUUCGUAAUAGAUUUUGAUGAAGAAGGGUAUUUUCGUGCAUUAAAUUCUUUAAUUAAUGAAACAGAUGAAAGUGACAUUGAACCUGAUGAUACAGAAUCUGAAUUGUCUGAAAUUUCAGAACCAGACGAAGAUUUUUAUCAAGUCAUUGGCCAAGAUACUGAUAGUAAAUUAACGUCUUGUAUUUUAAUUGACUAUAUAGAUGGAACAUAUCGAACAUGUGGACAAGUUAAUUGUAAGAAAAGGUUGCGGGAAUUAAUUGGCAUCUGGCAGAUUGAUAGCGAAAUAGUUACAGCAGUUAAAAAUGAUCUUUCAAAAUUAGGUGUGUGUAUGUCUCACUUCAAUUUUGAUCAAAGAAUUCAUAAAAAAAAAAUAAAAUCAAUGACAAAAAGCACUGAGGAAAGUCGUAUACAACAACGCCAAUGUUUAUUCUGUCAUCAGAACCAUCAUUACUUUACAAGGGGAAUUGGUUGUACACAACAUUCAUGGGUUAUAUUGGAUAGAGUCAUUCUUACGCCUUGCAUUGGGCAGAUAGAUUGUUACGCGUUGAAAGAAAGUGGUAAUUUUUGUAAAUCUUCAUUAAAGAACUUUUCCCGGCCUCGAUUCUCAUGUGGUAAUUGUUUUGUUGAUAAGGGUGGUCAUUUAUACACCAAGCCAGGUAAAGGUAAAAAAAAGAAGGUCGGAUGUGAAGAGCAUCAUGUAGCAGAUACAUCUACACAACUUGAAAUUAUCGGAAGAUGGUUUAUUAGAAUAGCAAAGUUUGGUGAAGAUAAAUUUAAAAAUAAAACUCUAGCAGCCAUUGCACCUUCAAUUUUUCAAAUUCUUCAAGAAAUUCGUCCAACAAAACACACUUCUGAACCUACCAUAUCAGAAUCAGUUUCAGAAGAAAUUCCUGAUGUUCCAAGUUUAUUUAUGUUGCAAGUUGGCAUGCAACUAAAACAAAUUAAUAUUGAAGUUAUAACACAAGAGGAUUUGAAAGAUCAGUUUUGUCAAGAUUUAGGAAAACAAUUUGCAUUAAAAAUAUGGAAAUCUCGAAUUGAAUUAACUUUAAAUAAGAAUCAAUUACAGAAUCCACAAUCCAUAGGUGAAUACGUAUCCAGUUUUCCUUCAUGGUUGGUAAAUUUUUUUUAUGCAUUUUUAACUGGUAUCUAUGAAAAAAAAAUGGCUAUUGUAAAUCAAAGACGAAAAGCAAGAAAUAUAUCAAUAAAAGCUAAUGAUCCAGUUCAAAUUACCAAAAUUGUUUCAUUAUUCUUAUCCAUUUUGAUUAGCAUUACCUUUCCUUCACUUCAAAUCUGGUUUUCUACAAUAAUUGCCAGCCUUACACGAAAACCAAAAAUGGCGGGUGAUUUAACAAAUCUUCUUGCUGUCUUAAAAGUUUUAUCUCACUGUAAGGAACAUGAACGAAGAUUAGAAAAAGAGAGAAUGAAUAAAGUAGAUCCAACAAAGCGUUUAAAAAAAAAUUCUUACUUUUGGAAUCUAGCCGUAAUAGACAAUAUAGACUUUAAGGAAAAAACUUUUUCCUAUGGCAAUAUAUUUGACAUUACACGUGGCACAUCACAUGCAACUCUUCGAAUGGUAUUUCAAACACCUUUACAAACUCCUAUUAUUGAAACUAAACACGAUGAAAAAGCAUUGGUAUCUCAUCGAAUUUUUGGAAUAAAUGUCACUGCACAGAAAAUAUUAGAUCUUUAUGAUGAAAUAUUAGAUGAAUGUUUAGGAUUUUAUUAUUCUAAUAAUGAUCAUGAAAACUUACAAUUUGAGACAAAUUUUGAUAUUUCUACAGUACAUAAAAAACUUAUUGAAAGAAUGGAUCGAGGAUGUUUUGGAGACCCACAGCAUGUAGUAAUUUUGGAAGCGGGUGGUAUUCCAAAUACAAAUGAGGGAAUCUUUAAUGCAGCAAAAAUGUAUAAAAAUGAUUUUUCGUUAAGUUCUGAUGAAUAUUUGGAUAUCGUUGCUGAUGAAUCUAUAUUUCGGCGGUUAAUAAAUUUACGAAAAGAGUGGCCAAACCUUCGACCUAUUCUUGGUUCAUGGCAUACUAACAAAGAUAUGGCAUCAGCUCUUAUUAGUAUAUUCUCAAGCUACGGAAUUUUUGAUUUAGCUGCUGCAGUUGGAGUCAAAUAUAUAGACAAAUUGGAGAAGGUUGUUGACUAUCGGGCUACAGUCCGGAUUAUAGAAUUAAUUUGGGUUUCAGUUGGUAUAGCUUUACGAAUACAUUUAAAGUCAAAAAAUAUGCAUAAAUAUGAUAUUAUGGAUGACAAAUAUGAAGAAUACCAAAUACUUAAAAUCUGGUAUUUAUUUUAUAAUUGGGCGGGUUUAUUUAUUGCACAUAGAAUUGGUAUUCGAAUAGGAAAUUUUAAUAUUCAAAAGAAUACUUUAGCUGCUUUUAGUCCCCUGCUUCCUUCAGCUGGAAAAUCUAAUUAUGCUCAAUCGGUUUCACAUUUCUUUGGAAUUCUUGAACAAUACCCCAAAUUAGAGGAAAAAUUGCAAGUUGCAGGGUCUUUUAAAGUAUCAGAAGAUAGAUUUGGACAUUUUAUGGCAUUUGACGAAGCUCUAGAAACAUUCGGAGUAAAAUUUAUUAAGCAGAAUGUUACAGGUAAUGUUAUAGAUCAGGAAAACCUUAAGCGACAAGUGAAAGCAUCUCAGUCAGAGUAUGAACGAAUAGAAUUAUUUUUGAAUGAAUAUUUGCAUAACAAUACCUCUACUAAUCAUGAACGAUCAACAAAUUUAAGAAAAGAUGAAAUGUGGAGUUUGGUGGAGAAAUUGUUGAUAGCUUUUGAUACCAAAGAUUUCAAUCAUUAUAAUCAAACACAUGAUCUUUUCCAUACUUCAUAUCCAAAAGAGAUUCAUGCUGAUGGAAUAAGACGAUUAAAGGAAUGCUAUAAGCGGGGACUUCACCGUAUACAUCUCAUAUAUGCACAAGAAGUGUUAAAAAAAGAAAAAAUUGAUACUACAGGACGAAGGGUAAAAGAAGUAUUAGUUACCAAAUGUAAAGAUAUUGAAAAACCUCCCAGAAAAAGAAAAAACACAAAUAUUUUAGAUAACCAACCUGGAUCAUCUGAUGAACCACCUAAGAAGCGAGUACGUCGAAUUCCAUCAAAAGAAGCUGUUGAAAUACUUGCCCCGAUGGUGGCCCAUUCUUUACCACCUACUAAAGAAGAAGUACAACGAUAUCUUGCUGCACUUGAAGGUAUAUCUUCAUCUUCAGAUAUUUGGGACGCAGCUCGAUUAACUCAGUAUUAUAAAAAUCGACAUAAAAAAGCUAAAUAA